UGUACCUUUUUCUCGCGCGACCACGAGAGAUCCGGCCGAUGGUCGAUGUGUCGCGCGAAGUUCGCAUUCUAGACGACUGUUAUGGUAAUCCUCCAGCGGUUCAGGGAUACAAUGAAAAUUUUUCUAGUUGCCGUCGACGGCUACCGUCGCUGCUGCUGCUGGUGCUGCUGCUACUACCACCACCACCACCACCGGUGCUGCUGCCGCUGCUAUUGACACCGCGACGGCGACGACGACGACGACAACGAGCGUGGAAAAGAUGGCGGCGCUCAUCAGGCAUGGCUCGUUUACCAGCGCGUUUAAAAGUACAUCGGCUAUCCUCGCCGCCAGCACGAUUUCUGAGAUCGCAAAAGUCUUACGAACCCCCGGAAAACGCAGCCGAGAGAAUUGACAGAAUUUGCGAGAGUCAAACCAUCCCUGUGAAUGAUAACACAAAGCUCGAGGAUCAUGUUCUUCGCUUUAAACUAUUCGUCGCUUGCGAGAGGGAGUUUAAGCAUUCUAUCCCCAACUCAUUGCUUUAUACCAUCGAGAGUAUCGGGGAUCUGAAGCAAUUUUAUUCAACACCGGUAGACAGCACGACGCCAUAUGAAGCGCUGCGUAAAAUAGAUUUACCCAAGAAUUUGCACAUCCAACAGGAUUAUCAUCGAUUCCAUCCGGAUACUGACACGAUGUUUAACGGCAAAACGGCGUUUCCGAAAAGCUCCACUCUCGUUACUGGUUUGAAAUAUAAGAAGAAAUAUCCUGGACACACGCAGGACAAUCCAUGGUUGGACGAGCAGAUGAAGAUCUAAGGAAUUAUUGUUAUA